ACUAUAGCGGAUUCAAAUCAUGCAACUCAACUUUACCCGCUCCGCCCACCCGCCUCUUCUUCCUCCUCCGACCACCCCAUGACCCUAAAACCCCCUCCCCCUCUUCGCUCUAAACCCUAACUCCCCACUACCAUCCCCCGAUCCCUCCAUGAAUGCCCUACGGAGGUCAUUGCCUCUCCAUCCAUGGCGCCCUCUCCCCUUCGCACGCUCCGCCUCUACCUCUUCUCUUCUUCCUCCGCACGAUUCGACUCACAGCGAGAGUCCACUUCAGGUAACUUCCUCUCCCGAACCCACUUCGGAGGAUCCUCGAAAUGCCCAAUCCCCCCCUUCAAUCUCUUCGACUCGGCUACUUUACGCUGCUUUCGAUCCGUUGAACACGCCGUCGGAGAAGCGUGCGAUCGAGUUCCUUGUAAACAACCAGAGCGAUCCCAAAUCGGUUUCAAAGUACCUCAAAUUGCAUAGAGGAUUUAUGGGUAUCAAUCCUCUCUGCAUCUCGUUUCAUAUCCUCGCGCGAUGCAACUGGAUUUCCGGCGCCCUAGGCUUGCUCAAAAACUCCAUUUUGAGCAAUUCUAGCUGGCGCCCAAAUGUUAUUGUCGAUCACCUGAUCGAGACUUCAAAAAGGUGCGAUUUUGAUCCUCGCUCGUUUAACUACUUACUGAGUUGUUACGCACAUUCUAGUCGGAUGGACGAAGCAAUGGAAGCUUUUCACCGAAUUGUCGAAAACGGUGUAAUUCCUGAUGUUAAUUCAAGAAACAAUUUGUUGACAGCUAUGGUUAAGUCGAAUUGUACGGAGAGAGCUCGAGAGUGUUACAGGGAGAUGCGGGAAAAGGAAAUGGAAGUUAACAUUCGAACGCUUGAUAUAAUGAUGAAUGCUUGUUUAAAGGACGAGAAACCGGAAGAAGCUGAAGCGUACUUCAAGGAACUCGUCAAUUUGGGAAUCAAACCGGAUGUGCGGGCUUACGCUGCCAUUAUCCGUUCAGCAUGCAGGAUGUCCGAUUUGACGCGGGCUUGUGAUCUAUUGGACGAGAUGAAAGGGCUUGGCUUUGUUCCUACUGAGUUCAUAUAUAAUUCUGUUAUCGGAGCUUGUGUCAAACAAGGAAACAUUACCAAAGCGUUGAGUUUAAAAGGUGAAAUGCUCGCUAAUGGCCUGCCACCUAAUAUAGUUGUUUCAACUAGUUUGAUGCAAGGGUAUUGUGCUCAGGGAGAUUUAACUAGCGCUUUAGAUUUAUUCUCUAGUACACUUGAGGAAGGCAUUGUUCCAAAUAAUGUUACAUACUCCGUUUUGAUAGAAGGUUGUUAUAGAAACGGAAACACAGAGAAAGCCCACGAGCUUUAUUGCCAAAUGAAAGAGAGGGGCAUGUCGCCUACUGUGUUUAACCUUAAUACGGUGAUAAGGUGCUUUCUCAAAGAUAAUAGAUUUAAAGAGGCUUUGGAUUUGUUUGAUGAGGCAACUGGGUUUGGUAUACCGAAUGUCUUCACUUACGAUAUUCUUAUGCAUUGGCUUUGCCAAUGUGGUAGAUUGAAGGAAGCAUUGAAUAUAUGGGAUAAAAUGAAGGAAAGGGGAGUAAAACCGAGUGUUGUAUCUUACAAUAGUUUGCUCUUUGGGCAUGGCAAGCAAGGUGACAUGGAUUCAGCUACUAUUUUAUAUAAUGAAAUGUCUCAGAGUGGCGUUAAAGCUAAUGUUGUCACAUACACUACUCUGAUGGAUGGACACAUAAAAAAAAAAGAUUUUGAUAGGGCUUAUAAUCUUCUUAAUGAAAUGCGUGCAUUAAACAUUGCUUGUAACGAAUAUACAUAUAACACCUUAAUAAAUGGCCUUUGUAUGGUUGGUCGAAUAUCAGAAGUUAACGAAAUGCUGGAUAAAUUUAUCGAGGAAGGGUUUAUUCCCAGUCGGAUGACUUAUGAUAGUAUAAUUAAUGGCUUUGUAAAAGGCGGCAUGAUGAAUUCAGCAUUCUCGACUUACCAAAAAAUGCUCGAGAAAGGUAUAUCCCCGAGUAUAAUCACAUUCACCACUUUCAUUGAUGGUUACUGUAAGAAAAGUUGCAGUGAUCUUGCUUUGAAAUUGCUUAAUGAGGUGAAACGACGAGGCCUUGAAUUGGAUAUUGCUGUGUAUAAUUCUCUUAUUGUUAGUUUUUGCAAAGAAGGGAACUUAAAUGGUGCACUUAAGUUGUUUGAUGACUUGCGCAAUGUUGGAUUGAAACCUAGUGCAAUUAUAUAUAACAGUCUCAUCACCGAGUAUAAAAAUCGGAAUGAAAUGGAAGCUGCUAUUCGGCUGCACAAAAGAAUGGUUAAAGAAGGUACUUCUUGUGAUACAGACACUUACACAACCCUAAUUGAUGGAUUGCUUAGAGUUGGUAAUGUGCCAUUGGCUUCAGAACUUUACUCUGAGAUGGUAUUAAAGGGUAAUGUUCCUGAUGAAAUCACUUUCACAGCAUUAACACAUGGUCUUUGCCGCAAUGGAAGAUUAGAAGAAGCUCGGAAAAUUCUGGAUGAAAUGGAUGAAUUCAAAGUGCCUCCGAGUGUUGUUGUAUAUAAUACAUUGAUAAAUGGAUUCUUUAGGGAAGGCAAGUUGCAAGAGGCCUUUCAGUUGCACGACGAAAUGCUUGACAGAGGCCUUCUGCCUGAUGAUACGACAUAUGAUAUUCUUGUUAGUGAAAAGCCUUUAGCCGAAAACUCGGCUUCCGCUAUAAACAGUGGUCCACGGUGCACUCGGUCCAUCAUUCCUGGAUCUGCGACGCGAAAUCCCAAAAACCAAAUUCCCGCGUUGCGUCCCCUACCCUCCAUCGGAAGCGAAGCGGAGCGAAAGCGCACCACUAUAAAACCCCCCCUUUUCUCUCCCCUUUCCGAUCCAUUUCUCUCCAGAACCCUCAAGAACCUAGAGAGAGAAACACAGAGAGAGAGAGAGAUGCACCGCUCGGGGAGCUACCUCACCAUGGGCGGCGGCGGCGGAGGUGCGAGAUCGUCGAGCCUCGCCCUCGAUGUCGACCAACUCCCCCUCUACGACCCCUCAUCCGACGCCGCGAAGAAGGAGGCGGCGCAGUCGCGCCUCGCCGAGAGGGCCAUCCACCUCAUCCCCCUCGUCAUCGUCCUCUGCUUCGCCGUCCUCUUGUUCUUCUCCAGCGCCGAGAUCGAGAUGCCGAGCAAGGACGAGUCGAUCAUCGCGCGGAUCAAGAACAAGUCGAUCGACGGGUACAGCAACUGGAACGGGACGUCGAUGACGAUCAUGGAGGAUGUGGAUCCGAUCGAGGCGAUCGGGAGCUACGGGAACGAGAACAGAGUCUCCGAUCCCGAUUCCCAGGGAACGGGAUGAAUCGGGGAGGAUGUGGAACGGGAUCGAAUUCGUGCCCCCCCCCUCUCUCGCUAAUAAGUACGUAUCCUUACGAUCGUUUCCAUUUUUUUUUUUUUUUAACUACAGUGCAUUUGAUUCCUCUGAUUAGGGUAUAUAGAGUUUCGUAUUCUUCUGAAUUCGAAUUUGGGAAGGUUUUACGAUGGUUUUUGAUGUGAUUAGGAUUCAUUGUGGAUUGGACAUCCCUGUAAUUAGGGUUCCGAUAUUGUGAUAGAAUAUUUUCUGGAUCUUGAUCUACAUCUUUUAGAUAUGUUGGUUGUUUCGGAAAUUGCUUCUACGGUUAUAUUUAUCGAUUUAAUUUUUCA